AUGUAUCACUUGGAGGGGGAGACACAGAGCAUGAGUACUCCCUCCAACACAUUCUCAUCCCCUGGACCAGUCUCGGUACAUGACAAAGACAAGAAAGACAACAGACAAGAAAGACAAACAGACAAACAGACAAGACAACAGACAAGAAAGACAACAGACAAGAAAGACAACAGACAAGAAAACAACAGACAAGACAACAGACAAGACAAGACAACAGACAAGACAAGACAACAGACAAGAAAGACAAACAGACAAAAGAAAGACAACAGACAAGAAAGACAACAGACAAAAAGAAAGACAAACAGACAAGACAAACAGACAAGAAAAGACAACAGACAAAAAAGACAAACAGAGAACAGACAAGACAAACAGACAAGAAAGAAAGACAAACAGAACAACAAGACAAGACAACAGACAAGAAAGACAAAGACAAACAAAGACAAGAAAGACAAAACAGACAAGAAAGACAACAGACAAAACAAUACAAGACAAGACAACAAGAAAACAACAAACAAAUAA